ACACUUUAUCUCCGUCGAACCAUUUUCGGAAACCUUUAUCUGCAUCAACGAAGAGGGUCAAUCUACCAGUAUCAAAAUGACACCGCUCUCGAUUGGACUGGCCCUCUUCUGCCUAGGCGCUUUCGCGUUCCUGCAGUACAUCUUCGGCUACUGGAAUCGGCGUGGUGUUCCCCAGCUGACCCCCUUCUUCCCGUUCGGGAACUUUUCGGACCUGUUCCUCGGCAAGGCAUCCUUCCCGAAGGUGUGCGAAACGCUGUACGAACGCACCAAGCAAUGGCGUCUACUUGGAGGAUACAUUCUACUGAGACCAAUUCUGUUGGUUAACGAUCCCCAGUUGGCCAAGGACAUCAUGGUACGGGACUUCCAACAUUUUCACGACCGUGGAACCCACGUGGACGAAGCCAACGACCCCCUGAGUGGACAUCUGUUUUCGUUGGCCGGAGAAAAGUGGAAGCAUCUUCGUGCGAAACUGACUCCGACGUUUACCAGUGGACGCCUGAAAGGCAUGUUCCAGACCUUGGUCGAUACAGGCGAAGUCUUGCAGGACUACAUGCUGAAGUGUGCCAAAAAUGAAGAAGUUGUGGAGAUCCGUGAUGUCCUAGCUCGAUACAAUACGGACAACAUUGCAUCGGUGGCGUUCGGCAUUCAGAUCGAUUCGAUUAACAACCCCAACGAACCAUUCCGCCAGAUUGGAAGAAAGUUUUUUGAAUCAAACUUCCGAAACAACAUGCGCAUAAUGAUAACUUUCAUGGUACCGAAGCUUAGCAAGUACUUGAAGAUUAAGUCCGUGGACGCCGAAGUGGAGCAGUUCAUCCUAGGUAUGGCUCGAGAGACGCUGGAAUACCGCGAGAAGAACGGAGUUGUGCGGAAGGACAUGAUGCAACUGCUAAUACAGCUGCGCAACACAGGAACCGUAUCGGUUGACGAACGCUGGGACGUCGAAACAACCACCAAGUACAAGAAGCUUUCGAUUGGAGAGGUUGCUGCGCAAGCGCACGUAUUCUUCCUGGCCGGUUUCGAGACAUCCUCAUCGACCAUGUCCUUCUGUCUGUACGAACUGGCCAAGAAUCCGGAAAUCCAACGCAAGGUUCAGGCGGAAAUCGAUUCCGUAACUGCACUGCACGAAGGCAAAGUGACCUACGACAGCAUCAACGAGAUGCGCUACCUGGAGUGCUGUAUCGACGAAACCCUCCGCAAGUACCCUCCGGUUCCAGUUCUAAACCGCGAGUGUACCCAAGAGUACAAGGUCCCCGAUUCCGACAUCACUAUCGAAAAGGGCACGGCCGUCAUACUGCAGAUCUCGGCGAUGCAUCACGAUCCACAGUACUAUCCGGAUCCGAUGCGGUUCGAUCCGGACCGGUUCCUCGAUCCGGAAAUGAAAAGCAAACCGUACGCUCCGUUCGGCGAUGGACCGAGAAUUUGCAUUGGGCUGCGGAUGGGUAAGAUACAGACCAAGGUUGGGCUGUCGUUGAUGUUGAUGAAGUUCAACUUUGAACUGUCCGGCCACGAGGAACCCGAGCUGGUGAUGAGUCCGAACACCUUCUUGCAAACGCCCGUGGACGGUAUCAAUUUGAAGGUUAGUUGUCGGAAGUAGAGUUUUAGGUGUACAUGUACAGGAAAUAAAAUACAUAAAAAGAAGUUUUUUCCAGAAAAACCUCAGACUGAAGAAUGCCGAAAUUCCUCUCAGGAUUUCUACCGAAAUUUUAUACAGCACUUUGCUUUGAAUUUCUUCCGAGAUUCUUCCUUGGAUUUCUACCGCAAUUACUUCUUCAAAUUCCUUUUGCAGAUUUUUUUUUUACAGAAUUCUUUCCUCAAUGCUUCCCGGAGUCCUUCUUUAAUUUGUCUAGGAAAUUGCCAGAGUUUUAUUUAUGGAUUUCUCCAGGAGUUUUUCACAGGAUCUCUGCAAGAAUAUCUUUCGGAACAUCUUUCAGGAGAUAUUCCGCUAUGCUCUUAGAGUUUCUCGCGGGAUUCUUUCCAAAGAAGCUUCUACAGGUUAUGCCAUUUGUUUUCAGGAAUUUCUCUUAGUGGUUUUCCGGGAUAGCUUCCAAUAAUUUCUCCUGGGAUUUUUGGGAGAUUUCUGCAGAAGUUCUUCCAAGGACUUCUUCAAGAUAAUUUUCCGGGAUUUCUUCUCCCAUUGUGACCCAGACUGUGGAAACGUAGAAGAUCAAUUGAGCGCCACCAAGAACACCAAGCUACGCAAUCAUGGAAUGUCCACAGUCAAACAGAAGUCUCACUCUAUUCACUUCUCUUCGUUAUCCUUUUUGACGGUUAGUUCAAAUAUUUUGUUAGUUCAAAUGUUUGUAGGUUUUUGCUCCUGUUUGACGUUUGCUAACUACCGCCACCUACUGAGUGGUUUAUGCGUAGCACAGCUUGGUUAGCAUUGGGCGAUUAUGUUUUCGUGACGAUGAUUUUUAUCGCAAUUUGUCCCAAGUGAUACGUCUGUUUGUCUGUGGAAUGUCAGUAAGUCACAUAUUACACCUGGAGGAAGAUAGAGAGACGAGGGAAAGUCAAAACCGCGAUAGAGCGAGCCCGUCAGCGCUAUUCGGUUCUCGAGAAGGAAGUGAAACGCUCCUGUAGAUGGGACAAAAGAGGGUAGACGGACUAUCUACGAUGUCUCCUGUCGCCUUAGUGGGAUUGAAUGCAGCGAUGCCCGUCCGGAUAGUUUUUGGCCGAACCGGCAGACUAGUUGAAACGCUGGUUUGAUAACUUUGAAAACCUUUUUCAAGUCUCGGCCAAUCAACACCUCUGCAUGAUCCGCCAAGGGUCCUUUCUCGACAUUUCUAAGAAUUAAGUUUCUUCAUACCUGUAUAAGAACACUUAUCUUACUGUAGUAGAGCCCCUCGAACGCUCAGGGUUCCUAGCCCAAGUAACAAUUUAAGUUUUGUUCGGCUCUACAAGAGAUCUUUAUGACCAAUUUUAUAAAACUUGCAAUAAAACUGAAUCAUACAUCAAAACCUCUUGAUAACCUCUUUAAGAGCAUCUUCCGGCUAAGUGGACUACUCUCGGAGAGGUUUUGCAAACCGCAUUAAGAGUAGCAAUAAACCCGUUUUAAAACCUAGUUGAAAAAUUUCCCAUUUUCGAUUGUUGUUGUUUUUUUUUUUCAACAAAAACAAUGACAGCUCAAGAUGCAGAGAAGCUUCUUCGAUGGCACGUAAAGUUCAGGGGGAUACACUGCCAUGAAUCGCAAGUCAGUCCCAUAUGUAAAAUGUAGGCAUUGAGAAAAUGGCCUCUGAAGUUUUCAAAUUCGAUUUCUAUGUGAAACUCGAAAAAAUCGCCAUGAAUUGCAAACUUCUGCGAUCAUCACGAAACAUUAACAUAUUGUUUCAAACGUGACAACGUAGCAGUGAAAAAUAUAAAACUGGGUAAAAUAGUGUUAGGUUUUGUACUAGAGGGUGGACAAGUUCGUAAUGAGACUGACUUGCGAUUACAUUUUAUUAUGGGACAAUCUGACUUGGUGUUGUUUUUAAAUUUUACUGAACAAACUAUAUAUUUUUUUGCACGCAGCUGGAAGAUCAUCCGAAGACAGCUCGAAAACGCCCAUUAACUCAUUUUUGCCCAAAAUGCAGAUGGGACUGACUUGCGAUUCACGGCAGUACAUCACUCGUAAGUAGAAAGCAAUCAUUUCAAAGUAAUAUUUAAGUAGUUAUUGUGCCGGUAGGCUUAUGCGCAUUCGAAUUUACCGUGAAUAUUGGGGUUGCAGAAUCAUAAAAUUGAUGCGCUUCGAAAAUACUGAAUAAUAUCAUCUUGAAAUGAAAUAAAUCAAUUUGUGAAUUUAGUAAAACUAUCUCGAAUAAACGUCGCCAUUUGGGUGUCUCCAGGUGUGCUUGUGGAUAUUCUUGCGUGCAAAGUGGGUGCUACUAAUGGACAUCCCUCUGACAGCAGCAAAAUUUACUAAUCUUAGGCCGUAAAAUUAUCCCAACUAACAUUUCCAGCGCUGUAAGCUUCAGUUAUUUGGUUUCUGUUGUGUAACAAUCGUAUUGAAACAGUCAACGCUGAAUAAAAAGGAAGCUAGUCAAAUAUAAAUCAUAAUCUAAUAUACGGCUGCAACACAAGCACCAUACAACUACCAAACUCAGUUAUUUUUUUUUUUUUUUUCAAAACAAUCAUUUGUCACUUGGGCUGCCUUUAUUGCACUCUAUUCCAACUUCGGGAAAUUUCCCGGAUGAUGUGAAAACUUGAACAAAUCGAAUAGGAGACUCCACUAACAAAACAGCUGCUACUAAACAAUGCAAUUCUUGAUACUGACAAAUCCACAAACCAGCAGCGCUUUUAGGGCCGUUAUGCGAUAUCAUUACAGCUAGAAGCUGUAAUAAAGAAACUGUUGGUAAAUACCAUGGCUUGACGACCAAACGCAUAGUAAUCUACACUAUCGAACAUAGUUAGCUUGAAUACACAUGUUGUGUUUGUUAGAACUAAUUUUACGUUUUGAUUCUACUAUACCAUGUUUAGUCACAGCAGAUACCGUUGUUAUGACUUGGUCAUGAUUGUCGUGACGCUGACUCGAUUUCGGACUAAUUUCGAUAAUCCGUUAAAGAAUAUCAAAAUCGGAAAGCAAUUUGCCGAUCCGCCGAAUUUUUCGCGCACUCUAUAAAAUUAGGUCCGAUCGUUCUAACAUUGGUCAACAGAAUGGUCUUUCAAUACCGCCACAACUACCGUAAACCUUACUCGAUGCUCUUUGCCGAAAAGCGCUCUCGAUGUCGAUUUAUUUAGAUUUCCGAGAGAAACUUUCAGUGGCCCGUUCGGCUAACCUACUUCGUAGUUUCUUCCACUCAAAAAUACAGGUUGGGCACCUAAAGGAAUCUACACAUCCACACGCGCACAUCAACGAACCUCAUCGCUUCUCACAUGCUUUUUUUUCAAACUGUCGCGCUCAAUCGGCACUGCACUGGCACUCUAUACAAAUUGAACUCUCAUCUACUUUUCGCGCCUCUCAAUCUCUCGCGUUGUCUAGCCGAAGCAUCAAUCCGCCUCGUGAGCUAGUCGUUCGUUCGCGAUCCGAACGAAGUCUCCCUGUCGAACACGUUGCUCUCCGUAGAGAGAGUCUACCUCGGCGACCAUCCUUCUUCUACGUAGUUGCUUUCGUUUGCUGUUUUCUGAUCGUUCCGUUUCCAUUAUGAAUAUUUUAUAGCAGCUGCGGCUUGACACCAAGCACGCUAAAUCUAAACUAGCUAAUUUCAUUUAUUUUAUUUACCCUGCAACAUUUAUCUCCUACAAUGAUGACAUUUCACAAUAUUAUACAGAAGUUGGCAGAAAUUGGUUCUGUAGAAAUUGUUUCUAUAAUUUAAAUUAUUUUUGUGGUGCAGAGAAAGUAUUUCUAUGUAAAAUUAGGCGACAUGGUAAGUUCGUCCUCUUGUUCGUCCUUUUCUGAAUAAAGAAACUAGAUAAAAAAUCGUGUACAGCAUCCCCAACAAAUCCUCCGGGCUCGAAACCUCUCACGGUCACCAUUUAUGCCGGUAUCGACAGCGUUACCGGUGUCGAAGCUCAUUGAGAAUAAAAAAAAUGAAAAUUCUAACAAACUGAGGAAAAUAAACAUGAUGCAGUGAUGACGAGGAAUCCAAUGCUGACACCGAUUUGUUUAAUUAGUGAUCACUGAUGUCGUUGUUGGUCCCGGUGAAUCAACCUCCAGAGCCCCCUGUACCAGAAACCCGCAUCCACCAUAGAAAAUUCGGGAGUUGUUCAAACUAUUCCUUCCCUGGAGCCAACCCAGCCGAAGAACAAAAAUGAUCCGCAAGCAAACCGAACGUCACGUCAGUAAAUUGGAAGCUACAUCAGAUCCAGGUAUCAAAUGAAUUGCGAACAUCCAGACGUGCUAUCAUUACAGAAUCCUCUGACAAGAAUUGUUCUGAAUAUCUCUUUCCGUCUGCAGUAACAACCUCGGUAACAACUUCUACAAACUCCACAUCCGCUUCAGCAGUGCAAUUUCCGAACAACGUCGACUAACCCCAACUGGUCAUCCCGCAGGAAUUUUAUCUGAGUCGCUACGCUACGCCAGGCCCAGGUUUUACGCAGCUCCGCCUCUUCCGUAAGUCAACAAUUCUCAUAGAAAUUACAAUAUUGGAAAGUUCGUCUGAGAUGCUCCCGUGAUAUUUUCAAAUAAGUUGCUUAUUGUAUUUAUGACAUGUAUUUUACUAGAGUAAAGGCAAUAAAACGAAUUAAAUUAAAAUGUUUCUUAAAUUUUAAAAUGUAACCAAAACAAAAACAUACCCCAAUGAUACCAUGUUCAUGGUAAUUAUAACCAUAUUGCUAUAGUUAAACACACCAUGCUGCUUAUUACGCACAUAGUUAAAUGAACCAUGAAAAGUGAUUCAAGAGUACCAUGAAACGUAAACAAAAAGUGGCAUGGUAAUUUCAAACCCGUACAUGGUAGUUUCAAGCAUGAAUCAUGGUCUACCAAAAUCAAGUGGUAAAGUUGUCUUAAUUUAAACCUCGAUCUGGUCGCCGUUACCAUGUCUGUUUUUUCAGUGUAGGAUAAAAUGAUCCUGAAAAGAAAACCGCGGUAGAAUUAGUUUGCGCGAAGAAAGACUGAAGCCCUGCAGCAGAGAUUCCGGCCGCAAACUGACAAGAAUAAUGAAUUCCGAAAAAAAAGUUAAUUAAGAGCUAGUGAUGAGAAGAAAUAAGCGAAUUAUACAAAAUGGAUUGCGGGAAUAAGUGUGCCAAUAAAAUAAAGCAGGUUUAAAUGUG